AUGACGUGCCUAAAUUAAUAUAUCAACAACAAAACAGAACGAUUUCAUCACUCUCAGCGAAACAUAAAAUAAAUUUUUUACGCUCAAAAUCUUUAAAGUGAACGAAGAAAAUGGUUUACGUAGACAGGGAUGGUCGCGUUUGUAAUCAACGACCGUGGUCGAUGUCGCGAAUAUUUUCGAUUUUUAUGGGCAUUUACACAGGCAUCAUACUAUUCUUAGAGACGAUGUUUUCCCCGUUUGCGAGUUCAAACCCAUCCAGUGGAGGAAGUAGACGCGGUUUCUGGGGUGGUGGCAGCGGAGGUAGUGGCGGCAGUGGCGGAAAUGAUGGCAGAGGACCACCUCGAAAUGGACCCCGCCGACCGAUUGGCCGGAUACAACAUUACAGCGAAAUAAACGGUGGUGGAUGCGCUGGUGGUAGUUGUGGACGUUAAUUCAUUCCUUUUACAUCUCCCAAUUCGAUUAAUAAGCGAUUAGAUAUACGUAACACAACUAAAAUCCAAUAUUUUCAAUGAAAUAAAAUAUAUCGUGGCAUAAAAUUUUGUAAUACAAUUUUAUAAGUGGCAAACACUUUAGUUAAUUAUUUUUUAUGAAAUAGCAAUUUGUGGAAUAAUUCUCGUUUAACUAUGUAUAAAUCUGUAGAAGAGAGUCGGUGUGUCAUGAAAUAAAAUGAAAAUUAUCAACUCAA